GUGUCUACUUAAAUUGAUCGUGAAACAUUUUGUUGAAAAGCUACAGACAGACAGACCAGUUUGGCUGAAACAAAAUUAUGCCCACUAUGACCGCUGAAUGUAUGAUUUUGGCCACUGUGCCAACCUAGUCGCACCAGUGCUGAGUAGCUUUGGGCGAGUGUGAUAGACUACAAUGUAACUUUACAGAGUAGGCCUAGCCUAACUUUACAGAGUAACUUUUAACUUUGUUCCUGUCUCAAAGGCCUUCGCUUCGGCUACUCAUCCAGUCCAUUCAUAACUCCCAUCGGUCUAGGUCUAGGUGGCAUAGUUAAAUGUAGGCAGCCCGACACAUUUAAUUCAAUGGAGCUUGAGGGCCAAUGGUGGAAAGGACAACUUGCAGGAGACAUACACCAGGCUCUCCGCCUCAAGGAGCUCAAGCUGCCUGUUUACAAAGGUCAGUCUCCACAACUCAACUUGAGGCGCUAUUUUGCUGACCUCAUAGCAGUAGUGAGCAAUCGCUUCAAGCUGUGCCCAGCAGCCAGGCACCUUGCAGUUUACCUGUUGGAUCUCUUCAUGGACCGCUAUGACAUCUCUGUGCAGCAGCUUCACAUCGUCGCCCUAUCCUGUUUACUCUUGGCUAGCAAGUUUGAGGAGCGAGAAGACAGAGUCCCCAAGCUACAAACACUGAACAGCCUAGGUUGCAUGAGCUCCAUGAGCCUGGUCCUGAGCAGGCAGGGACUCUUACAUAUGGAACUUCUGCUCCUGGAGAGCUUCCAGUGGAACCUGUACCUCCCCACAGCUGCCCACUUCAUUGAGUAUUAUUUGUCAAUAGCAGUCCAUGAAGGGGACCUGCAUGAUGGCUGGCCCAUGGUCUGCCUGGAGAAGACGGUUCUUUACAUGAGCAAGUAUGCAGACUAUUUCCUAGAGGUCUCAUUACAGGACCACCUUUUCCUAAGCUUUGCGCCGUCUUUGGUGGCGGCUGCUUGCGUGGCAGCCUCUCGCAUCGUCCUGCACCUGUCCCCAACGUGGCCCAGCCGUCUCCACCACCUCACCCUGUACCCAUGGGAACACUUGGUGCCCUGUGUUGAGAGGUUACUUGUUGCUCACGACGGUGACCUGAAAGAGGCGAACAAGCAAAAGUGCCAGCACUCGACGUCCCAGGCCUCCCAGGUGGUGUUCCAGACACAGCCCCAGAGCACCGCUCAGUACCUCCAGAGGUCCGCGCUGCAGUACACCCAGCCAAACCAUUCGCAGCCUGGGCUCUCCCAGGCCCAUGGGCCAUCCCCCUACCUGACUCACGCCACCACACUGCAAUCCAGCGGCACCCUGGGACAGGGGCAGACCAUCUCCGCUCCACUGGACCCAAAGGGGAACCUGCUCUCCCGGGGCUAUCAGUUGAACGCACUGUAUACCUGUGCCACCCCCCAGUUUGAGAGGUGAUUGUGGCCAUGACCGGUGUGGACAUGAUUAAGUCAAGGUUACAAAGCUACCCCCACCACCAUCUUACCUCUGACUGGAAGGAUUAACUGAUUAAUUUCAGCUGCUAAGCAAUGUUCUUUUAAAAAAAAAAAAAAAUGACAGAAGGCAGAAACAGAAGGCAACUGGUAAAGAAGUGUUUUUUCAGCAUUACAUUUGGUGCUGUACAAAGUCAGGGCAUGCAAAUGUGCAUAGGUGCAAUAGUAACUGUUUAUUUUUUGCCUUUAAUCCACUGAUUGUUUUUGUGGGGUUUUGUUUACCUCUCUUCCAGGAAAUCAUGUGAUUAUGUUAAAGUGUAUUUUUCAAUGCAGACUUCACGAGAAACAUAGGUGUAAAGCCAUUUUUACAAGUAGGUCUAGUUGUUUUUUUGUGCGCUGCUACCUCAGAAGCAUUGAAUGUAGACUGUUGUCCUGUGAACCAAACCAAGUGCACUUUGAUUCAUUAUGUUUUUAAUAAAAACACGGCAGGGUGACUAUGAACAGCUCA